AUGGGGUGUCUUUCUUCAUCUUAAAAGGAAGAAGAUGUUAGUGUUGCAUUGUAGGGUUAAAAGAAGUUAAAGAUUGUUAUUAUAGGAUUAGAAGGAAGCGGAAAGACGGCAAUUUUAUAAUAUUUGCGAAAUAGGAAAUUUACAGAGACUCAACCUACAACAGGUUUGAAUGUUGAAACAAUUUAAUAUAAAUCGAGAUUCUAUUUGAUUUUUGAUGUUGGAGGGAAAGUGCGUACUUUAUGGUCUCAUUAUUAUGAGAAUUUAGAUGGAUUAGUUUUUGUUGUUGACAGUACAAAUCAAGAGAAAUAAUAAGAAAUUUUGAAAGAAUUGAAAAAGUUAAGCGAUGAUGUAAAAACAAAGGUAAUUAACAAACUAAUCUAGAUAGUGUUAUUAAUUUAUUUGAAUAAGUCUGAUUUACCAAAUUCUUAGUUCAUGGAAUUAGGAGUAGAUAUUUAAUAAUCAAAUUCAGAUGUGAUUAUGCAAAGAUGCAGUGCAAAAUCAGGUGAAGGAAUAUGGGAAGGUAUUGAUAAGAUGAAUAGAUUGUUAGAUCAUAAAUUCUAAUCUUGA